AUGGCUUUCGGAUACUACCUAUAUACACAACACGAAAUCCUCUGUCUUUUUUUUGUUCUCUUCUUCAUCUUCUUCGUUGAAAUCAUCCGUCACAAUGAUCUGAGUCAAUCAUUUCAUUACCUUUGGAAUUUUCCAUCGCGAUCUGCAUUCCAUCGUGUAUCAUUUAUACCAACAAUAGCGCAUGCGGUAUUGCCACCAUUAUCUCGCAUCUUCAUUUUCAUCCUCACCAUCCAUCACAACUGCCUCUUACGUGGUUACGCUCGCCGUGAGCGUUCAUUCAUCGUUCCACUAUCUCAUGCUUCAUUGCACUACGUCUUUUUAUCGAUUGACAUAAAACCUCUCACAAUGUCACUCAAGUCGAUUCCAAUUGAAGCGCUUCAGCUGGUAACAAUUCUGCGCGAAAAGGUGCUCGUCAAAUGGGUAAAUGCAGAAGGCACGGCUUCCACGCUUGGUUCUCGAUUGUCACACAACAGACAACGUCCAGAAUUGUUGAUGACCGCAAGUUAUGACAAGGAGGGUCAUAUCCAUAUUGACUUUUCGCUUAUGUUGGCGGUUAAGAUGGGUGGCAAGUUCAAACAGAUAGAGAUAAUGUUUGUUAUUCCACCAAAUGUCAAUCCGGCUCUUCUGGAAACAAGUUCUCGCAACUCUGUUCUCGAUGCCUCCGCACUUCACGAUGCCGACAUAAGCGACGAGCUAGGACACGUCAUCAGCAUUCCAUUUAAUCUCACUACGAAGGGCUUUGUCAUCAUGAAAAACACCAACUCACUUAUUAGGCUCCAAACCUCUACAUCAGAGCAAUUGAUCCGCAACAUUGAAUCUCUAUCUAAUACUGCGGUCUUCGAUGUUUACAUCCGGCCGAGUGACUACGCCCGGGAGAGUUUGAAAGAACUCUGCAAACGACUUGGUGACACUGGCAUCGUCACGCCUAGACCUAGCACAUUGGAAAUGUACGCCCAGCAAGGCUCUAUGCUGGUCGAAUGGAAUAGAUUUACGUACAAAGAUCGUCAACUAUUUCCACAACAUCCGCCAACGCCGGCUCAGCACCCGCUGGAAAUGUCGCUGCCCCAGGAACCACAGGUCGCUCUUGAUGGCGGAGGUGGUCCACUCAACACCGUUGAACAGGAAAUCGCAACGAGACAGAAUCGAAUUGAACAGCGGUCAAAUGGCGAACCGGUGUUGGGCGCCUCUAUCACUUGGAGCGAUGUGGAGCUAUCAGAUGUUGAUGUUGACUUGCACGAUUUUGAACAGAGCUCAAAUCUCGUCGAAAUGGAUGUCAACAUUUGCUCAGAUGAGGAGAUUCUGGCUAAUGAGCAGUUACGGGAUUUGAAUCUGCAGCUUCGCCACGAAAUGCUUCGGGCUAAGCUAGUGAAGUGGAUAAACGGCUCGCUAAGGUUACAUCCAGAUGUUUUCCGACACCGUGGUUUAGUUAAUAAGCUAGCUAUUCUUGGUGAUUGUGUUCGGAGGUCAAACGCCAGAACAUUUGACCACACUAUAUCAUGGUGUUCUGCUCUAUUGUUUUACGAUCCAUCGGAUUCCAGCGACGAUCAGUUGUGGGAGGAGAGAAAUCGGUGGCUCAUCACUAGAAUGGCCAAUAUGAUUAACUGGAUCAACAAAUAUCAUUAUGGAGCAGAGUUCAGCUCGGCAUUGUUCGACCAUUUUGUUAAACUAGGUCGUGUUGCUCGCGCUUUUGCUCUUGGCCCUGGGAGGGAUGAUACCGAAUUUAGACAUCAGCGGAGUGUUUGCAUCGGUUGGAUAUUAAGUGAAUUUGACGGGCUCGGUGGUGAACGUACUGGUAGGGGGCGCGGCAUGACCGGUUCUCGGAAACGUAAUGCUUUGGAGGCACGUGGCAAUAUUUCUAAGCGAGGAAGAAAUACCAUGUGA